UAUAACGAUGGUUAAAAUCAGGCACUUUGAAGCUUUUUUUAGGGAUAUUGCGUGAUGGGUAAAAUUUUGAAAAAAACUUCGAUAAAUAAAAUAAGCCACUGGGAACUGAUUUUUAAUGGUUUUAACCCUUCUGAAAUUGUGAUAAUGUUCCCCUUUAAAGUGUUCUUGUACCUGUUGUCACCAGGUGUUGAACUGUACAGAGAUAGAUGACGUACUGGAGAGGUACUAGAGUUCUGCAUUGGUUUCCCUGGGAAUCUCGUGGUUGUACUCGGCUACCUCUUCUAUUUAAGCUUCCAGUAACUACAGCUGGACUACGUGAUGGUGUUGAACUGUACAGAGAUAGAUGACGUACUGGAGAGGUACUACCUGUCACCGUCCUAUGGCCUGGAGUUCUGCAUUGGUUUCCCUGGGAAUCUCGUGGUUGUACUCGGCUACCUCUUCUGUCUGCCCAAGUGGCAGAGCUGCAAUGUUUACCUCUUCAACCUGGCAGUGUCUGAUCUCAUCUUUCUCUGCACGUUGCCACGCCUCUCCUACCUCUACGCAAAUCACCAGAAAGAGACCAGCGCCUACGCGUGCAUCAUCAACCGCUAUGUCCUGCAUGUCAAUCUCUACUCAUCCAUUCUGUUCAUGGUCUGGCUCAGCAUGGAUCGUUUUUUGCUCGUCCGACACCCGGCGCGGAACCACUUCCUGCUGAGGCCACGGGCGGCACUGGUCGUGACCGCGCUGAGCUGGCUCGCCGUCAACGUGGAAGUGAUCCCCAUGGUAGCGCUGAUGCUCCAGGAUCUGCAGAGGGCAAACUGGAGUCGCUGCAAUGACUUUGCCAGCCUCCAGGGGGACAUCGGUAUUCUGAGCUACAGUUUGGGGCUCACCCUAACCGGAUAUGUCCUCCCUCUGCUUGGACUGUGUGGUUUCUCCCACCAUAUCGCACGCUUACUGCAAACCCAGGAAGAGGCAAUACGUCGCAAAACGGCACUGUAUAAGCGACCCUUGAGGGUCGUGGCGUCAGCGGCAGCCAUGUUUCUGGUUCUGUACACUCCAUACCACAUAAUGAGAAAUGUCAGGAUAGCAUCCCGACAGGCCUGGGCAGGUGUGCAGUUGUGUUCAAGGAUGUACAUAGAGGGAGUCUAUAUCUUGACCCGACCACUGGCUUUCCUGCACAGUGUCAUUAACCCUGUGUUCUACUUCUUCAUGGGUGACAAGUUCAGAGAGCUCCUACUUAAAAAGUUUAGAAAGCUUGUUAACAAAAAAAAAAAGCAGCCAAGAGAACCGAAGUGAAGAACUUACAAUAGUUCACUCAAGUGGAGUACUGCCCUCACAUUUCGGCAACAAUCAACUUGUCAUUGGACAAUAAUACUGUAAUUUCCAGACUAUAGAGCACACUUGAAUAUCAGCACCACCCACUUAAUUUUUGGACACAUUUUUUGUUGUACAUUGAACAGGUGUAUACAUUGAAACAUGAAGUACUUAUACAGGCGCUUGACUUCAUUCACAAGAGUAACAAGGACAGUGCUUACAACCCGCCAUAGAGUAACCUACCAGAGGUGUCACUGAGCGCUGAGCUUCUUCUUACUCAUGCGCUUGGGCCGCCUUCUUCGGUGUCAGAGUUGAGGAGACUUUGCAUUGGUUUGUCUGGCAUUUUCUCAACCUUGUUUUCUGUUUUACAAACCCCGUUUCCAUAUGAGUUGGGAAAUUGUGUUAGAUGUACAUAUUAUCGGAAUACAAUGAUUUGCAAAUCCUUUUCAACCCAAAUUCCAUUGAAUGCACUACAAAGACAAGAUAUUUGAUGUUCAAACUCCUAAACUUUUUUUUUUUUUGCAAAUAAUAAUUAACUUAGAAUUUCAUGGCUGCAACACGUGCCAAAGUAGUUGGGAAAGGGCAUGUUCACCACUGUGUUACAUGGCCUUUCCUUUUAACAACACUCAGUAAACGUUUGGGAACUGAGGAGACACAUUUUUGAAGCUUCUCAGGUGGAAUUCUUUCCCAUUCUUGCUUGAUGUACAGCUUAAGUUGUUCAACA